AUGUCGCGUUUGUGUCGCUCAGGACAUGCUACUUCCGGCGCCAGUACCAGAAACUCCACCGGCAACUACAAUCUCGUCGUAGACGCUCUCCUAGUCGGCGCCGCCGGCGGCCCUCCCGAUUCGCUCGCGAUCGUGAAGGGCGCCGUCUGCGUCUCCUCCGCUGCCGCCGCCCUGGCGCUGCCUGUCUCCGCGUCCGACUGGCAGCAGCGCGCGGGAUGGUGGCUGCUGCACGCGGAAGCGCGCCUCGACGCGUUCCUCGAAAACGCGGACGCCGCCACCGUCGAGGCGCUCCUCGCCGUCGUCCUGAACGCGACGCUUCCGCAAGGCGGCGGGCGCUGCGGCAGCGGAAGCGGCGCAGGGGCCGCAGGGAAAGGGCAGGGCAGCAGGCGCAUGGGGCUGGGGGUGGGGAGGCUGCUCCUCCGCGCGCUGACCUCCGCCAAGGGGGGACAGCAGCAGGGAGGGCAGCCGCAGGGGGGCCAGCAGCAGCCGCCGCCUGCAGGUGGACUUUCAGGUGGUUUCCCAGGUGCUGGGCCGAGCGGCGGGGUGAACAGCACAGUGACCGGAUACGCCGUGCUGGCUGGAAGUUCCGCGUCGGGAGUGACCUGGGGUGGGCAGCUGAUGGGGGUGAAAAUGCCCGCCGCUCCUUCGACUGCCUGA